AUGAUUUUUCAACUCCAAGACCUACCGCCUUACAUGAGUUUCGAACCGUGGCGUGACUACAUGAAGUUAGCUGACCUCGUGCGGGAGAUGCAGUUAGGCAAGUUCACCCCAGAACCGUCAACCGUUGAGGGUCAUGACUCCGGGAUAUGGUCGACCAUGGUGGAAUUUGAAGAGUUUCCGCCGCGAGCCUUGCUGUUACCGAUAACACCCGUGGCGACACCACCCCUAUGGCACAAAAUGGAACCCCUGGAUUCCGAAAUCGUCCUCUUGCUUGAAGACGCUCCUUUAUCGCCGAGCAGCACCGGGGGUCCCGAGCCCCCUGCAGCACCGUCCAGAUCCCCCGCUGGCACCUGGGACCAGAGUGGGAGAAACACGCCGGAGGAGGAGGUGCCAUCACCCGAGCGCAAGUUCUGCAGCUUCUGCAAAUACAACAGGCAGCCUGAGUCGGUGUUUCUGUCCCACAGCCUCAAGAACCAGGAUGGGGACAUGAUGUGCCGGUACCUGCAACUAAGUCUUUGCCCUCUCUGCGGGGUCACCGGGGCCCAAGCCGCCACCAAGCACCAUUGUCCACCAUUGGUGUAA